AUGUCCACAUCUCAACAACAAAAACACUAUGGCGGCCACACGGUCGCCGAGGAGCCCGUGACAUCGGUGCUGCCCGGCGGCGACGUGCCGUAUGACCCAGACCACGAGUUCAAUUCCGAUGUCGAGGUGCUUGCGGCGCUGGGCUACAAGUCCGAGUUCAAGCGCGAGUUUACGCCUUUUACUACGUUUUGCGUCAGCUUUGCUAUUCUGGGCUUGCUCCCGAGUUUUGCUUCGACUAUGCACUUCGGCAUGGGGUAUGCUGGCACCGCGGGCAUGACUUGGGGCUGGAUGGUCGCCAUGGUCGGUAUCCAGAGUGUGGCGAUGAGCAUGGCAGAGCUGUGCAGUAGUAUGCCGACCAGCGGUGGCUUGUACUACGCGUCUGCUGUGCUGGCGCCAAAGGGUUGGGGCCCGUUUGCUGCGUGGAUCACUGGGUGGAGCAAUUGGCUUUGCCAAAUCACUGGUGCACCUUCCGUGAACUACGGAACGGCGGCUAUGAUUCUGGCGGCGGCCAGUAUCAGUGAUCCGACAUAUGUGCCGACAAACUACCAGACGUUUCUACUGACCGUCUUGAUUAUGAUUAUCCACUCGGUCAUCUCGUCCAUGCCGACGUGCUGGCUGGCGCAGUUCAACUCUGCGGGCUCGACCUUCAACUUCCUCGCCCUGGUCGCCGUCAUCAUCAUGAUUCCCGCUGCGACAGACCGCACUGAUCGCGGGCUCCCGCGAUUCUCCCCUUCCGGCGAGGUUUGGGGCACAAUUUUCGAGGGGACUUCGUUUCCAGCCGGUAUCACGGUGCUCAUGUCGUUUAUCGGUGUCAUCUGGACCAUGUCUGGGUACGACGCGGCGUUUCAUCUGGCAGAGGAAUGCUCAAACGCAAACAUUGCUGCCCCGCGCGCCAUUGUUAUGACUUCUGCCACGGGUGGCAUCUUUGGCUGGUUUCUGCAGCUCGUCGUCGCCUACACCGUCGUCGACAUCCCCAGCGUGCUUGGCUCGACGCUUGGCCAGCCAUUCGCCGCGUACCUGAUGCAAUGCAUGUCGCAGAAGUUUACGCUCGCCAUCCUCUCCAUCACAAUUAUCGCUGGCUUCAGCAUGGGCCAGGGCUGCAUGAUUGCCGCAAGUAGAGUUACGUUUGCGUACGCGCGUGACGACUGCUUCCUGCUUUCCAAGUACUGGAAGCAAGUCAACCCGUAUACCCAGACGCCUGUAAACGCCGUGUGGUUGAACUGCGCCAUUGGCAUUCUCUGCUUGCUGCUCAUCUUUGGCGGAGAACUCGCCAUUGGAGCUUUGUUUUCUAUUGGCGCCAUUGCAGCGUUUACCGCCUUUACCAUUCCCAUUUUCAUCCGCGUCUUCCUGGUCGGCGACCGCUUCAGGCCUGGGCCAUGGAACCUGGGAAAAUAUUCUGUUGUCAUUGGCACGAUUGGCUGCAGUUUCGUCGCCCUCAUGAUUCCUAUCCUGUGCUUUCCCAGUGUCACCGGCUCACAGUUGGACGCAAGUCAAAUGAACUGGACGUGUCUUUGCUACGGCGGCCCCAUGUUCAUCGUCAUCAUCUGGUGGUUCGUGUCUGCCCACAAGUGGUUCAAGGGCCCCAAAGUCAACAUUGAGCACAUGAUGCAUGACCCUAAGCAUGUCCUUGAGGGGCGCAGUCCAUCAGGCGAUGAGGGUAGUGAGACAGUCGGCAUUAUACAGGGGAAAGAGUUCGAGGCUACGAAAUGA